AUGAAGGCGGCUUUUAUGCCUUCCCUGAAGGCCUGGUGCGGCGGCCUUCUCCAGCUCAUCACCCUUAGUCUACUGAUUGAGAACUGCCUGGCGAAGGGUAUCAGCAGCCCUGGCGACAGAAACAGCGACCAUGUUGUUCAUGAAGCUGAUGUCGCCACCAUCAAGCCCUUGAUCGAGCCCUCCACCUCCAUCUCCAUCUUCAAGCGCGGCAACGGUCGCGUCGUCACCAGCAUCGGCACCAGCUACAUCGACGUCACGAUCCCUUGCACCGCCUCAGAGAUUCCUUCAUCCGUCAUCUCGCUCCUUCCCACCCAGCCGAUUCAAUCUCUCUCAACCUCUGCCAUCAACCUUCCCACCGAGGGAACCAGCAUCACCUCCUCCUCAAGCAGCAAGACAGAUGCUCCUUCCUUGAUCCCAACCACUACACCCGUCGGCACCUCUUCUGGUGAUAUGGUCACCAGGACCAUCAUCAUCUCCGGGAUCGUUACGGAGACUUCCUACUACACCGUGUCGCCGACUGGCGGAGGUACCCUGACCGUCACCGUCCGAGAUGGCACCAAGACCGUCACUGGACCUGCAAACAGCGCCUCGACCUCCUCGUCAUCCAAGAAGAGCGGUGCUCUCGUAUGGGUGACUGCCACUGCCAAACAAACCGUCACGGAGUGGUGGGACACCACCAACACCGCCACCGUCAGCUCCUCAUCCAAGGCCGGCGCCCCAGUCGUAGUCGUCACUCAAACCGCCUCAGCAGUCAUCACCGAACUCCACGACACCUGGGAAACAAUCUGGGUCUCCUCCUCCUCCUCCUCCCCCAAACCCACCCCCGCCCCCGGCGUCCCUCACAACUUCCGCCGCGCCAUAUCCACCAACACCACCCACCCCGCCAACUCCAGCAUCCAAGCAACCUCCCAACGCGUCGUCCGCAUCCGAGAGACAAUCUUCUACAACGAGCAACAGCACAUGGCCUCCGUGGCCGUCUACGACAUCGGCAUCGGCGGCGACGAGAGGAGCGUCGUCACGGGCCACGUCUACGACCAGGGGGGACCCAAGGACCUGCCCAGCGACCUCACGCUCUCGGACCCCAGCGGGGCCUCGCUGAAGAUGGACUUCACGUACGGCUUCUUCACCAUCUACUUCGAGUCGAGCAAGGGAGGUCGGGUCCAGAGCUGGAGGAACUGGCAGGGCAGGGAUGACGGGGCCCCGGGCUGGUGUGAGAAUGUCGAGUAUGACUUCAAAAAGGGCGUUAUGACGCGUGAGGUCAACUGCUGGUACACGCCUUGA